AUGUCGGAGCGUGAGUUCCAGAGCAGCUCCGAGUCUUCGGACGAAGAAGGGUGGCUCGACGCCAACCCCGAGGAUGACGAGGAACCUCAGUUAGUUAUCUCACUACUAGACGACCGUGUGUUCCAAGAUGCUGCUUCCAUGAUCGCCCACUGCAAGGAAGAGCACAACUUUGACUUUCUAGCCAUCCGCAAUCGGCUGGGUCUUGACUUUUACGGCAGUGUGAAACUCAUCAAUUACAUUCGCCAGCGGGUGUACGACAAGGCUGCUCUCCCAGCCGAGAUUUCAGAGGAAGACUUUUCCAGCGACGUGUAUCUCCGGCCCGUUCUUGAGGAUGAUGCCCUUAUCCUAGCCCUGGACAGUCUACCGGAAUCCCAGGAUCGACCUGUCGCAGGUGAAAAACAAAACGCCGCCGACUCUGAGACAACGGCGGCGACCAAUCUUCAGAAAAAAAAUGACCAACUCCAGUCCGAGUUAGAAAGCUUGGCCAAACAGUUCGAGAACUACCGGUUGGCCGUCCAGAAGACUCUUGACCAGCGCUGGGGCAUGGACGAGGAUACGCAAAAGGGUGCCAAUGUCGCGAAGCUAUUUAACACACCUGACAACGCGAAGGCGACCUCGGAGUCACAGAAGAGAUGUGAAGGCGAAGUGCCCUCCUCGGGAGGCACGGACUACUACUUCGAAUCCUACUCCCACAGCGACAUUCAUGAAACCAUGCUCAAGGAUACGAUCAGGACGGACGCGUACCGCGAUUUCAUAUAUACAAACAAGGAUUUAUUCGCCGGAAAAACAGUACUUGAUAUCGGCUGCGGUACAGGUAUUUUGAGCAUGUUUUGUGCCAAGGCUGGUGCGAAACUCGUCGUCGCAGUGGAUAGAUCGGAAAUUAUCGACAAGGCGCGAGAGAACAUCUUCCACAACGGCCUGGCUAACCAGGUAACUUGCCUCAAGGGCCUUAUCGAGGAGGUGACGUUGCCCGUCGACAAGGUGGAUGUCAUCGUCAGUGAGUGGAUGGGAUAUGCUUUGCUGUACGAGGCUAUGCUGCCGAGUGUCCUCUACGCCCGCGACAAGUAUUUGAAACCGGACGGCUUGCUGGUGCCCAGUCACGCCUCUCUAUUUUUGGCCCCAGUCAGCGACUCGGAGUACAUUUGCGACAACAUCACGUUUUGGAGAGACGUGUACGGCUUUGAUAUGAAGGCCAUGCAGGUAGGCAUUUAUAACGAUGCCCGGAUGCUGGUUAUGCCGGAAAAGACCAUCGCAGGCACGACGAGUAUGUUUAAGCAUCUUGACCUCCAUACCAUCCAGGUUGAGGACCUCGUCUUCACCGCGAGCUGGAAAUCGGAGCUUUUCAAAGACGCCGAGUCCCUGGACGGAUUCUUGGUCUGGUUUGACAUCUACUUUGGCACAUCUCGCACGGUGCAGAUAGAGCCUGUCGACGCCAGUUCCCAGAAAUGGAUCGGUGCAGGGAAACAACGCGUCGCCUUCACAACGGGGCCGUUUGGUAAAGCGACCCACUGGAUGCAGUGUUUGCUUUUGAACAAGGCACACUCCAAGCUUUUAACAGCGGCAGACGGCCGCGCCAUAAAUGGUGAGCUCUCAUUUCUUACGGCGGACGACAACCCACGCGCCUUAACGUUGCGUGUCAUGUGGACGCGGGAUGCGAAAGAGCAGCAGCAAUCGUGGUCAUUGAGAUAA